GCACCAUCCACGACGCAGCAGAAAUGGCACCCACAAAUAUAGUCAUUAUCGGUGCAUCCUUUGCCGGCAUCCCCAUUGCACACUCGCUCAUCAAGGAUGUCCCAUCUGCCAAAGUCACCCUGAUCAAUCCGAGUUCGACUUUCUAUUUUCCCGUCGCUGCCCCACGGAUUCUGGCGAAGCCUGCGGCGUUUCGAGAAGAGCAAUAUCUAAUUUCGAUUCAGGAUGCGUUUAAACAUUACUCAGGAAAAUCGUUCGAGUUUGUCCUUGGGCGCGCGACGUCGAUUAAUGUUGAGGGGAAAACUGUUACGAUAGAUGACGACAAAACCAUCUCAUUUGAUUAUCUUGUUAUCGCCUCGGGGAGCACAACUGCGUCUACGAUAACGCAGAAUGGCACACCAUUCCCAUUCAAACAGUCCGGUUCGGACAACAUGUCAGCUCUGAUCGGGGACGCUCAGAACGCCAUCUCCCGCGCUAAAAGAAUCGUCAUCGGAGGUGCUGGACCUAUCGGUGUCGAAUUGGCAGGAGAGAUCGCAGAAGCAGCCGAGGAAAGAGGGAAGGAAGUCUCCAUCACUCUAGUCUCAGCCAGCGCACGGGUGUUGCCUAUCCUCAAGCCCAGUGGAAGCGAUGCCGCCGAAUGGCUUCUCACGCAGAAGAAUGUGGAGAUCUUGAAGUCCUCCAAAGUAACAGCCGCUACCCAAGCAGAUGAUUCCACCUGGACUGUCACCUUGGACAACGAGAGGCAGCUCGAAGCCGACAUCUACAUCCCCACUACCGGCGCACUCCCAAACAACACCUUCAUCCCGAAAGAACUCCUCGAUGAAAGCGGCUGGGUGAACGUCGACAGCAGCCUCCGCGUACAGAGUGAAACUUCUCAAUCCCUACCCAUCUACGCCGCCGGCGACAUUACCAACAACUCAAUGCGACUAUCCUUCAAAGCAACCGAACAAGCGGCCGUUGUCGCAGCGAACCUCAAAGCGGACAUUCUCGGGUCUGGCAAACGGCGCUCUUAUGAUCAGGGCAAUUGUAUCAUGAUGCUUGUUCCUGUUGGUGCGUCGGGCGGAACAGGGCAACUUUUUGGAUUUACGCCGUUCAGUAUGUUGGUUCGGCUGGUUAAGGGGAGGGACUUUUUCAUAUCCAAGGCGUUGGAGGCUGUUGCUGCCAAGUGAUUUUGGCUUAGAAUAUCAUCAGACCAUUGUGCUUCGGAGCUAGCUUUAGAUGAUUAGAUUAAUAGUACCUAGUAAUGUCUUUUUAUAAAUACAUGUAUCUACAAAGUCAUGAUAUUCAUUGCCGCGGCUGUCUGAUGUCUAGACGGUCGCCCGUGUAGAUGUCUAUGCCGUAUUCUUCCUUUAUUCGACCCUGGUGUCGAUCUCUACGUCGGGAUGAUAACAAUGGUUUUAAAUUAACCCAAUAGGCAUAUGAGAUAAAAAUUGAUCAAUUUAUAUAAAG